AUCAUGGGCACAGGACGAUUAAUCCAUUGUCGACCAAGAUCAAAUUGUUUAAAUUUGAGGGGGUUUAAGUGGGCUUAGUUCGUUCACACAACAACAACAAAAACGUGCUGAAAAAGUUAGGCAAUAGAAAAAAUAGAAGCUGUCAGCUGAAAAUGCAUACGGACUUAGCUUCCCAUUUGCACACGCCGGCCUGCAAUAAACUAAUCGAAGAGCUGCAAGCUUGCCACGACAACAACGCUUUCGGCAGAUUCAUUGGGAUCUGCAACUCCAUCGACGACAAGGUGGUCAAGUGCUUGAAGGGCGAACGCAUCGCUCGCUCCGCCGCCAACCGAGUCAAGGCGCGCGAGAAUCAAGCAAAAUACAAGGAGAAACUUCUGCACGGGGAGACCGAAUAGCAGAAUGGCUGCCACCGCGGAUCCCUUGGAGCCCUUCUACUUCGAGCACGAGGAGCAGCAGCGCAUUUGCGGGAAGCCGGUGAGCCCCAUCACAGAUGGCUUC